AUGUCUGCGACUAAUAUCUCAAUUCAACCUUCAAGCCCUUUGUCUAUGAGUGACACGGAGAGUGAAUUUUCGAGCUCUCAGUCACUAAGAGAGCGGCAACCGUAUCCCUUCAACCUCCACACAACAUCAGACACGUUUUCAAAGACUUGUAAUAAACCACCCCUUCCUUCCGAUUUCACUCGAAACACGUCUCUUGAGUCUCAGCGACAAUACAAGACACCAGCCAAGCGACUGAGUUACUUACGCGAGCGCAAGAUAAUAGGAAGGAAUGAGGAAUCUCAAAUUAUCGAUGGGUUACAGUAUUUAUUAGUCACACAACACCAUGCCACCUUCUAUUAUUUGAAAGAAAAGAAGUCGAAAAAGACGAUUAAAUUUAGGAUACCUUAUUCAAUGGAGUUGAAUGGAAUUACUCUCGACGUUGAUGGCUUAUGUUCCAUUGGAGAAAAGUGGUUAGUAGACAUUGGAGUCUGUCAGAAGUCUUCUGAGAAGGACAAGUCCCAGAAACGGAUUCAACGGUCCAAAGAAGCUGAAGUGAAUGGGGCCUUUAUAUGCAUUUUAGACUCAUUAGGUUAUACUUUAGACUUUAAGAAAUUGAAAGAAAAAGUCGGGCGCAAGACGACUCCCUUUUUGAAGACGAUAGCCUUAACCUUUCCUGAUGGGACAAUAUGUUCCAUAGAAGAUGUGAAACUAUGGGGGAUGCAAUAUGACUUGCUCUUGAAUCAACAAGACGUCUGUUAA